AUGAGCUUGCCUGUCACGGGAUUCGCCGUGGCCAGCAACAAGAGGAACCAGGAGUUCCAUGCUCUGUUCAAUCAGAUUGAUGAAGGAGAUUACCUGAUCGAAGAUUACGGAUGCGCCCUUCAGAAGGAUAUUCUUGUACACGGUCGAAUCUACGUAUCUGAACACCACCUUUCUUUCCACUCGAACAUCCUCGGAUGGAUAACCGAUCUGGUCAUCGCCUUUGCGGACAUCACCGCGAUCGAAAAGAAGAUGACUGCCUUCGUCAUUCCAAACGGUAUAUCGAUCACGACUCGUCAGGGCAAGCAAUACGUGUUUGCAUCAUUCAUCGCACGCGACUCCACCUUCGACGUCUUUAUCAAUGUAUGGCGACAAGCGCAUUCUAGAAGCCCUAGCGUCUACGGCGGCGAUGAUGAGAUUACGGAAUCUCCCGUCGGCAUGGUCAACGACGGCAAAACGGGCGCCGCUGCAGCUUCGAACGCCAAACCCAAGUCUACACAAGGUCCUACUAAAUGCGCCUGCGGUGAAAAGGGGGAACAUUACGCCGAGAAGGCCAUGGAAGCCGUAUUCCCGAGUACCCCGGAGAGCAUAUACAACUUGAUGUUCCCGAGUCAAUUCAUCCGAGAAUUCAUGUCGGAAAAUCAAAAAUUGACCGACAUUCAAAUGUCCGACUGGACGCCCAGAGAACCUGGCUCAAAGUUGCUAAAACGCCACUUUAGCUACAUCAAACCGUUGAAUGGCGGCAUCGGACCGAAGCAGACAAAGUGCGAAAUCACCGACGAGCUUGACCAUAUGGAGCCCGACAAGUACAUCUCGAUGUUGACCACCACGAAGACGCCCGAUGUGCCUAGUGGGAACGUGUUCAGCGUUAGGACUUGUACGUGCCUCGUAUGGGCGAGCCCGAGGUCGACCAAAGUCGUCGUGACCACCAAGGUCGAAUGGACCGGGAGAAGCUUUAUCAAAGGGAUCAUCGAAAAGUCGGCAGUCGAUGGACAAAAGACUUAUCAUCGCGACUUGGAGACUGCCAUGCGACAGUACAUCAAGGAACACGCUACCGAAUUCCAGGUCGAAGGCGAUGAUGACGAAGCAGUAGCGGCCGAUACUGUGGUGGAGCCAGUCACAACGGAAGUUGUGCUCGAAGAAAAGGUCGUGGUCGACCAACCCGGACGGCGAAACCGGGAGCACGACGCGAAUGCCUUUCAAGCCGCUUUCGAUUCGGUUGUCGAUGGCAUCCAGAGCCUUUGCGGAGGGAUCUUCGGAAUUGGCAAGAUGGCCGUCGAUGUCCUUCGAGAUAUGCCUUUGAGUUCCGAGGUCUUGGUCGCCCUGCUCGUCGUUGCGCUAUUGGCCAGCAAUAUCUGGACCUAUACGUCGCUCAAGCAGACCAAGAACAUGGUCAAGUAUGACGAGAGACGGGCGAAGCGGGAAGCAAGACUCGGAACGCCGUCGAGUCGUUCCGCUUCACUACAACGCGAACAGAUAACCGCGGCCGUCAAGGCCUACUUCGAGGGACAUCCGCAGGGCUUCGAAGUCGUCGAACCACUCGAGGACCUCGACGCUGAGGUACAAGACUUGAUGGCGCGUUUGAGCCAGAUCGAAGAGAGGGUCGGCUCAGCUCGGUUGCACUUGAUGCAAGGGCAACUCCUCAAAACAGCUGUCGGGGAUCCGAUCACGACAGAGUCAGAGGUCACGACCACCACAUAUGAUCUUGAUUGA